AUGGCAAUGCGACCGCCGGAUAUCAGCCCCUCGCGGAGCGGGGAACAUGUCUCGUACAUCCUUGUUGCCGAAUUCGAUAUUGAUACUGGGUCACAGUUGACACACCAGUUCCCCUACCCCACCGGUGCGGACAAGCAGCUGCUGGCGGAAGUGAUGCUUCCAGAAGGAGUGCACAACCGUUCUGAAGACUGGACCGUUUUCCUCCUUAACCAGAAUGCGAGUAACACUAUCUCCUCUGUGUUCUCCAGACACUCGAUCGACAGUGCUGCGAGUGACGUGACGACUAUGGCAGAAGAGAGACCGGAGCUGAUGUAUGGGUUGAGCUUGGUGAGGACGAAACAUGAUGCUGCUGCCAAGAGGAAAGCGCAUUUUAAGGCUAUGGCACUUUGUACCCACCAUCCGUUUAUCCAAAUCUAUAAGCCCGUACUCUCCCUCGCACUUGACCAAUUCUACGUUGAUCCUUCCGUCGAGACUCUAUCUCGUUUGUUCGAUGCCGUCAACGCGAUGGACACAUCCCCGAUUCCGCACUUCACACAUAUGGAGAAGCUUAUUCUGCGUGGAUCAGACCGAAACGACUGCUUUGCAGAGAAAUUCCUCCCUCCUCCUCCGUCGCAACAGCCUCCAGCUGUGCCGCCCAAGACGCAGGCACCAUCAGAACUAGGGUCACAGACGGAUCUCGGGACAACAGAGUACGGAUCGGACGAGAGUGGCACAAAGGUGGACCCGGCGGGCGCACUGGCAGAAUACAACAGGUCACGGGCAGCAAGCGUCACGAGCGUGUCGGAGACAUCUUCUGUCGGCGGUGGGAGGAAGAGCUUCGACGCUCCUGGCCCAGUGCCAGGUACAGGUGGGGGAGCACCGGGCAAGGACUGGACGACGCGUCACAAGAGGCCGAGUUUUGACAGAGUGAGCUCAGCGAGCAGUACCGGAAGCCGUGGUCUUGGGUUGGGCAUGAAGGGAUCGAGCGACUCGCAUGAGCAUAGUAAACCGCGGGCGGGAACGCUGGGCACGCGGGACACGCAUUUCUACAACACGAGCAUUGUCUUCAAGGGCGUUACUUUGCCGAUUCGGAUCCCGUUAUCUACAUUCCGAGAUGAAAUUGGGGAUUUUUCGUUAGUCAAGCUGAUCCAAACAUUUAGCAGCCCGACAGCGGGAGUAAGCGGCCCUCUUCACCCACAUUUGCACACGAACGGCGUUCAGACUCACCCUUUAAUUCUUAUCUUCAACGCCCUCAUCACGGAGAAGAAUGUUGUUUUCUUGGGCGCGAACCACGCGGCGAAGGAUGUGGUGGAUUACGUCCUUGCAGCUUGUGCGCUAGGCAGUGGUGGAUUUCUGCGGGGUAUGGCGGAGAGAGCGUAUCCCUAUGCCCCUGUGGCGAUAAGAGAUAUCAUGGAGACGACAACGGGCUACAUAGCUGGGGUUGUUAACCAGAUCUUCGAGUCCUUCCCCACCUGGGACAUACUCUGUAAUAUCGAAACAGGCCAGAUAACAGUAAACAAGAACAUCAAGCAACCCGGGUACUCCCCCGUCCUCACAUCCGGUGCGUUCACGAGACAGCAGAGGGAGGGAGACGACGAUAGGGAGAGUUUGAAUGCUGUGAACGGGGCCACAUCUAAGUUCGAUAAUGUCGGAAGGCCGGAUGCUGCUGACAACGGAUUCAUGGAGGAUAUAACAUCAGCCAUCCAAGCACAUUAUGGCGAGACGGUGAUCCGAAUGCGCAUGGGAGACUACAUUCUGCGCUUCACCCGGCUCGCAUCGCUCUAUGAGCAGGAAGCAUUUGGAGAGACGCAUCUAGGGAAUCGAAGCUCAAACUUUGCUCACGGAGAGCUCGGAAGUGGCGUGGGCAUCCUUGACGAUUUGUCGAGAGCUCGGGAGUUCAGCCCUUCAUGUCAGCAGAGGAUCGAGGCAUGGAGGAGAACGAGACUGUACAAGUAUCACGUUGAUGACUAUCGCAACUUCCAGCAGGUGCGAGCAAUAAGAGGGUUCGACCCAGUAUAUCAGAUACAACGGCUUCGAAUGGGGAAGAAUGUUCCUGAGUUUGAGGUUGAAGCGAUCGUAAGGACGCUGCGCGAUAGUGUACAGACGUACGAGCAGGUAACAGAGCUCCUUGCCCUUCUACCACCAUAUUCCGGCGGGUUGCUCCCCAUCACAUUCUGCCUGUUCCAUCCACAGCAUCAUAUCCGAGAAUGGACUAUUGAUUUCCUCGAGGCCAUCCAGCGACAGCCAAUUGGCAGGCUGUUUAUCCAUUCACUCAACUUGUAUCAUCGACUAGCAUAUAAGAGGCUAGUCCAGACGCGGAACGCUCAAGCUGACGUCGCCAAACGAAACACGGUCCUUGCAGCAACUGCAUUCGGCAUUCCAUCUGCGGGAAUGUCGCUGCUCGGCAGCACGCCGUCGAACCAAAGUCAAUCGUCUUUGAUCACGUCGUGAUGCAUUCAUGUCUUGUUUCUUUUUCGGUUCCUU